UAUUCAGAAGCCCGGGAGCAUUCGUUGCUGACAGACUUAAGUCUUAAGACUAGUGGAAGACAUCCAUGAUGUAACGACAUAAACUGACUGGUACGACAGUGAGUAGAUGUGUCACAUGUUGGAAUACUUGUCAAUGUUUUUGCGGAAAACUGCAUGAUCAACGAAGACAUCGAAGAGGACAAUGCCGUGGUGUUGUUGUUGCUGCUGCUUCUCUUGUAAGCACAAAGAUUAUAAAAUAACGGUGGAAACGGGAGAUAAACCCUUGAAUGGAAAAAAAUCACGUGUGUACAUCGAGCUUUACGCCGGAAACGAGAGGAUAGCUGAGAAACAACUGGACGCAAGCUUUAGCGGGGAAUUCAAGCGUGGUUGUUUGAAAACUCACACUAUCAAAAACCUUUCGACUGAGUAUCCAGACAUCGACGCGAUAAAACUUAGCAAAGGCAAUGACGCCGUUGACACAGACUGGUGUAUCGAUACAAUUCGAGUGGAAAAGAAAACCGGAAAUUGGAACACAGUCUUCCCUGUAUUUCGUCGAAUCAAGGCGGGGCAAAGGCACCUCAUUCGUGAAUAUGACACACAUCUUCCCACCGACAAUCUGUACAAAGAACACCCGGCGUUGCUAGAUCGAAGAUGACGUGAUUUAGAAGAAAUGAGACAUGUCUACCAGUAUACAUUCGAGAAGGGGCUUCCGGUUACUCUGAAGGCGUUGCCAGAACAGGAAAUGUUUUCAUUUACGUACGGCUUCCAUAUAUUGGAAAAGAUACUUACAGGCGAGUCGUCUCCUCCUUUGGAAUGCUUGGCGUGCGAGGAUGUCUCUGAAUUUGAUAAUUUAUUCAUACAUUCCGAGAAGCCACAUGAACUAGACAGAUGGGAAAACGACGAGAAAUUUGGUUUACAGCGCCUUCUUGGGGUGAACAGUUCUGUCAUUCGUCGAGUAAAAGAUAUGAGUCAACUGAACAAUUUGCAUGUUGAUGAAAAUGAAAUCCGAUGGCUCCUACAGGGUCUCACACUAAAAGAAGCCAUUGACGCAAGAAAGCUUUUCAUUGUCGACCACGCAAUCCUAGAUAAGUGUCCAAAAAAUCCGAAAAUCAUCUUAUGCUCGCCAAUAGCUCUUUUCUUCCGAGAAGAAGACAAAAUCAUGCCAAUAGCUAUCCAGUUAUUUCAGGGCAGAAGCGACGAUAACCCGGUAUUUUUUCCAACAGAUGACAAGUACACGUGGAUUUUGGCGAAAAUGUGGUUCAACAAUGCCGAUGCUCAAAUCCAUCAAGCAAUUUCUCAUCUCGGCUACACACACUUGAUUAUGGGGGGGUUUGCGAUCGCUGCCCAUAGAUACCUUUCUAAAUCACAUCCGAUUUUCAAACUUUUGGCCCCACACUUUCUUUACUUGAUGGCUAUCAAUAAUAUUGGAUUGAAAAGCCUGGUGAGCAAGGGAGCACUUAUUGAUAUACUGAUGUCAAUGGGGUCGGAGGGAACAGAGUACCUAAUCGCAAAGCACAAGGACACCUGGCGCUUGAACGUCGAGGGUUGCCUUCCAGCUGACAUCGUCGAUCGGGGAGUUGAACCUACUGAUGUUCCGUUUUAUCCAUUCCGAGACGAUGCACUGCUUACGUAUCAAGCCAUAGAGGAAUAUGUUGAUUCGUACGUCAGCUUGUAUUACAGGUCAGACAAAGUCCUACAAGAGGAUCCCGAGAUACAGGCCUGGCGGUACGACAUGGAUCGGUCUGCAUCCGAUGGCGGACUUGGAGUCAAAGGUAUUCCAGGAGAACAGGGAAGAUUUCAAAAACGAGACGAAUUGGCUCUUGUACUUAAAUGCAUAAUUUACACGUGCAGUGUCGGACAUGCUGCCGUAAACUUCAAGCAGUAUGACGAGUACGCAUUCCCCCUGAACUAUCCGAUGAUGCUUAAUGGGCAUCCACCCAAAGACAAGAGAAAACGUGAUAUGAAACAUGAUGUCAUCCCGACGAUCCAACCAAAACACAAACUGCUGAAAAUUAUGGCACUGACAAAAAUUCUCAGUACACGUGCAACAAAUGCUCUCGGGAAUUUUGAAGUGAACUACAUUCAUGACCCUCCAGCUGUCAAACUGGUCGAACAGUUUCAGAAAAACCUAGAAAUUGCAAGCAAAAGAAUAAAGGACGAACACACAAGAAGAACCGCAGAGAGGGCAUAUCCAUUCCUCGACCCUGACAAAAUACCAAAUGCGAUCAGCAUUUGAAUAGUUUGAAAUUAUGGUGUAGGGUUUUUCAGUUGUUGUUAAUUUAACAUUGUUUUAAUUAAAGUUGUUAUUUAUCUGAGUGUUUUUUUAGUGUCAUUCUACUUAUAUACGAAACUUUUUCUGCCGCGGCCCUUGCCUACUGGACAGUAGAAAUGUAUGCACGUAUAUGUAUACAUUUUCUGGGACCAAUAACAACCUACUCUACUACCAGAUAUUUUCAUAUGAUGUUGCAAAUCUAUUUCUUUUUCAUCUUUUUCUUUUCCAGCUGUGUAUACAUGUAUACAUGAUGUUUGAUGUUUGACACAUUUCCCGUUUAUGGCGAUACAUGCAUUAAUGAUUAUAAUGUAGUUAUGAUUUGGAAAUAUUAAAUGUUACAACGUUUGUUUUUAUUUCUAUGCUACCGAAGAUUCAAUGUGAACAAGUCUGUUAAACUCACAUAUUUUGGGCCAUUAAAAGUCUGUUUCAAA